UAGUUAAAUGAACAAAGAAUAGGAUAAUUAUAACGUUUUCCUGAAGCUUAGUCAAUGUUACUUGUAUUGUGUUCUCUCUAGGUAUGCCAAAAUUAAAAUUUUGUUAUUUAUCAAACGCUAACAUGCAGUGACAUAUUAAACCUCAUUACGAUAAACUAAUACAAAAUGUAUUUCAUGUAUUCACUUCUUUUUUUAACAAUUAUUUCUUAUGGUGAAUGUAACUGUGAUAAUCCACGGCCAUAUACAGAAGGACAAACUUUGAACUUAAAUAUACGUCUAACCUACUACCUACUUAGGUGUCCAACACUUUAUCAAUAUGAGAUUUUAAGUAAACAAAAUAAGAACAUUAAAUCAGAAAGUACUGCUCAUUUACCGUAUAAUAAUAUAACAUUUUUAAAAAACUUGACAUCAGAUAUGGAUCAUACUAUAUUCUCUUUUACAAUAUUAAAUAAUGAUUACGCAACAUGUAAGCGCAAAGACUUAUUCAAAUUAGAAUACGAUCCCAACCUGAAAGGAGACAUAAACAUACUAGCCGAUUGUAAUGUGAAUUUGGAGAAACAAUGUGAUUUCUUCGAGCCUGUUACAUCUACACCAGAUACGUCAAAACCAUCGUAUUCUACGAAAACUGGUUAUUCAGACCAAAAACUAAAGCAGAUUCAUCAAUCUACAAUACAUCCGUCGACUCUACCGCCAUUUUCCGCCAUUGUUCCUUCAAUAUCAAAAUCGAAAACAGAUAAUAACACAACUUUAAUCAGCUAUAUUUAUAUAUUAAUCAUCUUCGUGGUUCUGAUCAUCAUAGUUUUUCUGUAUUAUUUAUAUAGGAAAUAUAAAACGCAAAAUUUUAUUAAUCUAUCACAAGAAAAUACUAAUAAUACUACAAACCAUCCAAAUGAACUACAAUUUGUUUCUAAUGAACCAACAACCAUGAAUGUUGGAGCCGCUCGUCAACCAGAAUUACUUUAUGCAGAAUUGGAGUUAAAACAACCAAAAGAAUCUAUUGUUAAUAAAAAAGACCAUAUCACGUACGCGGAAGUGGGUUUUAAAGUAACCACAGAAUAAGUAUAAUCUAAAACAAAAUAAAGUGCAAUUAAAACCUGUUUAAAAUGAUGAAGGACGAAAGUGAUCAUUUCUUUAUUAAAUUGAUGAUAAACAUAAAUCUACGUAGGUAUAGGUAUACUUAAUCUUAUUCAAAUCUAUUCAGCUGUUUAAGCGUGAUUCGCUAUGCAUUCAUUACAUUUUGUACAUAAAUUUAAAGAGUAUUAAUUAGCUUAGAAUUAUUAUUACAAUUUGUUUUGUGUAUACUUUUAUAUAGAUAGAUUUUAAAUUAUAAGAUCGAGCAAACAAUAGAGAGCAUCGAGUCUUAAAAACAGGUCAACUUUUUGCCAACUAAUUGUCAAAUUAGCUUACUCUUUUUUAUUAGUGUUCUAUGUACUUACCUUAGAUUAUAUAGAUACAAGUAUAAAAAAAAAUACAAAUGCUUUGAAAAAAGCAGGUCAACUUUUUCAUACAAUUUUGCAUAAUAAAUAGUUAUGAGUGAUUCCCUUAUAACUUUUAUAUUUA